AUGCUCAGGGUUGUCGCAUCAUUUGUUCUGAUCCUAUGGACAGCAUGCGCCUCGGGCACCUAUCUAGACGGGCCGCAUGUUCCGCUGGCCACCGCCAACUCCACGGCGGAGGAUCCCUUCCAGUGGUGGUACUUUGAUCUCGUCGCAGACUCUGGAUCUGCGUUGGAAGUCGUUUAUUACUCCGGCUACGGUUUCGGCAACUUCGUCCCCGUUCCGUACUACCUUCAAAUCACGUCUACGGUCCCCAACGGCACACACUUUGGACAGUUCGCCGUCUCGCCUGGUUCUGCCACAGUUGAACAUUCCACGGGUGCAUUCAGCAACGGCAUUUGGCCCUCUCUGGGUGGAUGGAACUCGACUCGGCGAGGCUAUGUCGUGACGUUCCAGAAUACGGAUGGAACAGUAUCCGGGAACUUAACGCUCGAUGCCGUUGCACCAGCCCACUAUCCGUGUGACGGGUCGGCGGACCCCUCAUUUAACACAACUGUCGCCCCGAACCUUGUUGGACCCUGGUUAGGCUGGGCAAACGCUGUUCCUACUCACUUCAAGCAGGGAGCGACAGCAACUGGGUUCCUGACCUUAGGCAACGAAACAUUCUCCUAUUCAGGAUCAGGCUACCAUGACUCCAACUUUGGCCUGAAGCAACUCUCUGAGACAGCCAACCACUGGUAUUGGGGUCGUGGUCGCGUCGGCCCUUACACGUUGGUCUACUUCUCCUACCUGCCCAAAAAUUCGUCCGUACCCGCCACGGACCCGAAUGCCUGGUACACGUCGGGCUAUCUAUCCCUCGACGGCGUCCAGAUCCUCGACUUCUGCAGCGCGGAGCAGAGCGUGGCCGCGCACGCGAAGAAGCACCUUGCGAUCGAGACGUCGGGCGCGAUUUGGAGCGAGGGACCGGACGUGGUCGGCAACCCGGAUAAUUCGACCGUCAGCAUCGCCGUGACCUACUCCCUCAACGCAGCCGAGUAUAAGUUCAACAUGACCUCAAUUGCUGUGGGGCUUGCGGGAUCGCCCUUGGUUCCGUAUGCCCGCUGGACGUCUUCGAUCACCGGUGGCAGAGUCGGCGGAGAGACCUACACAGGAGGUCGCGGGUUCUUCGAGCUCCUCAACUACGGGGAAUGA